AAAUAUUAGAAAACAUCUGUUUUGCCCAAACUAUUCUUUUUUACUCUUGAAACUGAAUUUGAAGUUGAAGGCCAAGAGAAAAUGGCUCAUUACGAUCAUGACUAUAAAAAGAAUGACGAGGUGGAGUUUGUCCGAACUGGCUAUGGGAAGGAUAUGGUAAGAGUUCUCCAUAUUCAGCGGGAUGGAAAAUACCACAGCAUCAAAGAAGUGGCAACUUCAGUGCAACUUACUCUGAGCUCCAAAAAGGAUUACGUGCAUGGAGAUAAUUCAGACAUCAUCCCCACAGACACUAUCAAGAACACAGUUCAUGUUUUGGCAAAGUUUAAAGGGAUCAAAAGCAUAGAAACUUUUGCAAUGAACAUCUGUGAGCAUUUCCUUUCUUCUUUUAACCAUGUCAUCCGAGCUCAAGUCUAUGUGGAAGAGGUCCCUUGGAAGCGUUUUGAAAAGAAUGGAGUUAAGCAUGUCCAUGCAUUUAUUCACACUCCCACUGGAACGCACUUCUGUGAGAUUGAACAGAUGAGGGGUGGACCUCCAGUCAUUCAUUCUGGAAUCAAAGACCUCAAGGUCUUGAAAACAACCCAGUCUGGAUUUGAAGGAUUCAUCAAGGACCAGUUCACCACCCUCCCUGAGGUGAAGGACCGAUUUUUCGCCACCCAAGUGUACUGUAAAUGGCGCUAUCACCAAUAUAGAGACAUGGAUUUUGAUGCUACCUGGGAUACUGUUCGGGACAUUGUCCUGGAGAAAUUUGCUGGACCCUAUGACAAAGGCGAAUACUCCCCCUCUGUCCAGAAGACCCUCUAUGACAUCCAGGUGCACUCUUUGAGCCGGGUUCCUGAGAUAGAAGACAUGGAAAUUAGCCUUCCCAACAUGCACUACUUUAACAUAGACAUGUCCAAAAUGGGACUGAUCAACAAGGAAGAGGUCUUGCUACCCUUAGACAAUCCAUAUGGCAGAAUUACUGGGACGGUCAAGAGGAAGCUGGCUUCGAAGCUGUGAUGUUGUAGGCUCCUCUCAACUGAGGAAUUCCUUCAGCCUCUUGUGAUGCUGGAAAUCAUAGCAUGUAGCCAUGCCAAUUUUCAAACUGGAGUGUUGAUUUAUAGUGUUAAUUUUCCUCCUGUAGGAAAGAAUUCUUCUACAACUAGCUCAGCAAGGUGUUUUGUGAUUAAUAAUUACAACACACUUGGUGGAUACAGUUUACUUCACAAAUGUUAAGCCGUAUGAGAAUAGUCAUAAAUCAAUAUUUCCUUUUGGUUUUCUUGUGCCUUCUUAUCUUAGAGAAGUUUUAGAAUCAGUAUACUAAGAAAACAAUAAUGAAUUAAUGUAUGUGUCUUAUCAAUUAAUCUGUGCACAAAUUUAAGAGUAAGUGCUGUUUUCAACCUACUGAUGCUAACACUUUGCUCUGGGCAAUGCAGAAAAUGUAAUGAUGAAAUCAUAUUUGGAAACUAUCACCAUCAUGGCUUCAGUGAGAUUGAAGUAUUUGAAUUUCUAAGAAUGUUCCAGUGUAUACAUCACUGGGAGUUUAUUUCUACUCUUAAAGUACUUUUGUAAUCCUAAUGUAUUGGUUUUAGGACUUCUACAACUCUUUGAGAAUAUUUAGUAGACACUGAAAAAAGAGUACAACUUGUUUUUCUUUGAAUAAUGUAUCACUUUGGGAAAAAGAGAAUUUAAUAAAUGCUAAGUCACUAUACCAAACAAUGAAUAUCCACAGAGAAAGAAGACGAGAGACUCUCUAUAAAAAUAUCAGUGAUGGUGUUGCCUGGGUGGCUCAGCUGGUUGAGUGGCCAACUCUUGGUUUUAGCUCCGGUCAUGGUCUCAGGGUCUUAGAUUGAGUCCUGCAUCAGGUUCCGUGCUCUCUCUCCCUCUGCCCCUCCCCCCUGUUUGCUUGCUCUCUCUCUUACUUUCUCUCACUGUCAAAUAAAUAAAUACAUCUUGAAAAAAAUAUCAGUGAUGAUGAUUUCUAGAUGGUGGGAUUAGGAGUGAUUUUUUUUUUUUUUUUUUUACUAUGUGCUUUUCUGGAUCUCCCAAAUAUAAUAAUCAGAGAAAUAAAUGUAAUUAAUGAUUUAAAAGUGUAUACAGAUUUGACUGGUGAUUGCGUCAGUUGACUAAUACUUCUAUUAUAUAUAGAUAUGUACCAUAAAGCUUCAUAAACUGUGAUUUUAGAAGCCCCUCAUGAAAACCUGUCCACAUGAACAUUCUAGAUAACCUUCCUCCAUUUAAAAAAACUCCAUUUAUCAAGUUUUUAAAAUCUCCAUUUUUUAUAAUGGUUACAUGUGAGUACUUAGCAUUGUUUGAGAACUCUGCUUCAGUCCCCCGUUUCUAGUACUGUAACUUAAGCUAGCACGGCUUAGUGUUUCAUUUAAAAAAAACACAUCAGGGCACCUGGGUGGCUCAGCUGGUUAAGCAACCGCCUUUAGCUCAGGUCAUGGUCCCGGAGUCCCGGGAUCAAGUCCCUCAUCAGGCUCCCAGCUCCAUGGGGCGUCUGCUUCUCCCUCUGACUUUCUCGCCUCUCAUGUUCUCUCUCACUGUCUCUCAAAUAAAUAAAUAAAAAUCUUUAAAAAAAAAAAAAACUCACUUCAGUCCUGGAUCCACCUCUUAC